AUGACAGUAAAGGAACGCAAGAUUGUUGUGAGGGAGAAAGGACUUUGUAGAAAUUGUCUUAACACUGGGUACUUUGUCGCUUCUUGUCCAAAGAGUGGAUUUUGCAAGAUUUGCACCGAUAAACACUCGAGCUUUCUUCAUCCAAUCACGAGGUCCAAUAGUAACGAAGCAAAUGUGAAUGUUGCUGCAGUUAAUGCUUCUUCAGGUUCUGUUUCUACUCAACCAACAUCAAUGGCAUUGGAAAAGAAACAUGGUAGGAUAGGUCUUGCAGUGAUUGCAGUAAAUGUUAGAUGUACAGGCAGCAAAAGGUUCCUGACUACAUAUGCAUUCUUGGAUAAUGGAUCCAAUACUACAUUUUGUACUAACAAACUCGCAAUCAGAUUGGGAGCAAAGGGCAAGACGGUCAACCUUGACUUGAUGGCUAUGAAUGGUGGAUCAAAUGAAAAUUGUCAGCUAAUCUCUUUAGAGAUUUCAGGUGUAGAUAAUGGCAGAUCUGUUAUUGCACCAAAUGUUUACUCCAAGUCUACACUCCCAAUUUCCAAUAAUGUAAUUUCAACUCAAGAAGAUAUUGAGCAGUGGCCUCAUCUCAAUGGAGUUGAGGUAUCAAGUAUCGACUCAGACAUCGAGCUGUUAAUUGGUGGAGAUGUUCCAGAAGUUCUGCAACCACUUGAAGUAAGAACAUCAGAUGAUAGUGGGCCAUAUGCCACUCGAACUAUGUUUGGAUGGGUAGUGAAUGGUCCCCUAAAUUCUGGUCAACAAACCAAUUUCUGUAAUUUCGUUUCUAAGCAAGAGAUGAAUCUGGAUGAGCAGUUUAAACGUUUCUGUAGUAUGGAGUUUAAUGAUCUUGACUCUGAUCAGGUUGGAUUAUCUCAAAGUGACAUACAGGCACUAAAGAUUAUGGAAGAGUCAGUCAUCCUCAAAAAUGGUCAUUAUCAAGUUUCUAUGCCAUGGAAAACUACACCAUCAACUUUACCAAACAAUUACACUAUGGCGGAGCACCGACUCAAAUCAUUAAAAACCAGACUCGAAAGAAGUGAUGAUAUUCAUGCAAAGUAUACAGAAUUCAUGCAAGAUCUGGUUGACAACGGUCAUACUAGGAAGGUGGCAGAAGCAAGUAAGAUAAGCCCAAGAUGGUAUUUCCCACACCACCCUGUUUUGCACCCUCAGAAGCCCGGAAAGUUAAGGGUUGUCUUCGACUGCUUUGCUAAAUUCAAUGGAAUCUGUCUCAAUGAUAAAUUAUACCAGGGGCCGGACCUAACAAAUUCGUUAGUGGGUGUGUUAUUAAGAUUCCGGUGCUCACCAAUCGCAUUCUGUGCUGACAUUAAAAAAAUGUUUUAUCAGGUGAAUGUGACCGAAAGUGAUGCAGAUUUCCUACGUUAUUUAUGGAGGGAAAAUGGAGAUUUAACAAAACCAGCGCAAGAAUACCAGAUGUUUGUCCACCUAUUUGGAGGCAGGUCGUCGCCAAGCUGUGCAAACUUUGCGCUAAAUAGAACAGUGGAAGAACAUGGUAAACAGUUUGAUCCGAUCGUGAGUGAAGUAGUUAAAUCAAACUUCUAUGUAGAUGACUUAUUAAAAUCUGCUGACGACGAGGAAGAGGCUAUCAACAAAGCUGUCCAAGUAAAACAAUUGUUGGCCUGCGGAGGUUUCAACUUAACAAAAUGGAUCUCGAACUCGAGCAAGCUAGUUAGCAUGCUAUCAGAUGCAGGAGAUUCCAAGUCAGCCUUCUUAUGUAGCGGAGAUCAGCAACGAGCACUUGGGAUUUGUUGGCUUGUUGGUGAAGAUAGCUUGGGAUACACUAUAUCCCCAAGAACCAAACCUACUACUCGAAGAGGAAUCCUGUCAGUUGUUUCAUCGGUGUUUGAUCCCUUGGGAUUGGCAGCACCAUUUAUCCUCAAGGCCAAGCUAUUGCUUCAAGAACUCUGUCGACUUGGUUAUGAUUGGGAUUCAAGAAUCUCUACAGAGAGUGAAGCUAAAUGGCAGCAGUGGUUAUCUGAUUUGGAGAAUUUGAAGGACUUCCGAAUUCAACGGUGUUACAAGUCCGCAAAGAUGGGUAAAAUUGUACGCUGUGAGCUUCAUAAUUUCGGUGAUGCAUCAUCCACAAGUUAUGGAGCUGCAUCAUAUCUUUGGCAGAAAGAUGAAGAUGGAAGGAUGGACUGCACACUUGUGGCGGCCAAGUCUCGUCUUACACCAAUUAAGGCACAAACUAUACCCAGGCUUGAAUUACAAGCAGCACUUUUGACGGCUCGUCUAAAUACGAUGGCAAAACGAGAAUUAAAUGAACUACAAAUUGACCAAUCUGUUUGCUGGACAGACAGCACAUGCGUGCUCAGGUAUCUACACAAUGAAAAUACUCGCUUCAAAACCUAUGUAGGCAACAGAGUAUCUGCAAUAUUAAGUCGAACAAGUAUUGAUCAGUGGAAGUUUGUUAACUCAGCUCAGAACCCUGCUGAUCUAGCAUCUCGAGGAAUGACGGCAGAAGAGAUGAUAUCAAGUGAGAUGUGGCAAUGUGGCCCCACAUUUCUGAAGGAAGAUAAGUCGAAAUGGCCUCAGAUGCCUGAUGAUCUUGCCAUCAAAAUUAAUGAUCCAGAAGUAAAGGCUAGAACAUAUGUUAUUGAAACCAAAGAUAAUCAUUUCAACACAUUGAUGAUGCGAUACUCAAGUUGGAUGUUAUUGGCCAAGGUGGUAGCAUGGAUUUUGAGAUACAAAACUAAUCUGAUGAAACGUGUCAUCGGUGGUAAACCGCCACCGAGGAAGAGAAACCCUAACAGUAUUCAACCCAUAACUGUUAAUGAAUUAAAGAACGCAGAGAAAGUUAUUUUGAUGUAUGUUCAACAGUCCUGCUUUCCAGAUGAGCUGACAUCGUUAAAGAAUGGCAGUGCAUUGAAACUAACAAGUGCAUUGGUAAAGUUAGACCCAAUUUUAGUAGAUGGCAUAAUGAAAGUUGGUGGAAGGUUGAAGUGUUCAAAUCUUGAGAACGAAGCCAUGCAUCAAAUCAUCUUACCAAAGACACAUCAUGUAACAGUACUAAUUCUUAGACACUAUCAUUAUAUCACUGGGCAUUCUGGUGUUGAAAGUACAAUGGCAGAAGUACGACAACGAUUUUGGCCAAUUAACGGUAGAGUUUCCUUGAAAUCAAUUGUUCGUAAGUGUGUUGAAUGUCGGAGAGUUAGUGGAUCUACGCUUCAACAAAAAAUGUCCGACUUGCCGGCUGAUCGUGUACAAGCAACACUGCCACCGUUCACUAAUGUGGGCAUCGAUUGCUUUGGCCCAUUCUACAUUAAACAAGGUAGAGCUAGAAUGAAGAGGUAUGGCAUAAUAUUUACCUGUUUGAAUGUUAGAGCUGUACACUUGGAGGUGUCAAACUCAUUAGAUACGGAGUCCUUUAUAAAUGCUCUGAGGCGUUUCAUAGCCAGAAGGGGAAUCCCAAGCCUAAUUUGUUCAGAUAAUGGAGGAAAUUUUGUGAAGGGCAACAAGGAGCUUCGAGAAUCAAUAAGGGGAUGGAACCAAGAACAGAUACAUGGACACCUGCUGCAACGUCAAAUAGAAUGGCGUUUUAACCCUCCCACCGCAUCACAUCAUAGGGGAGUCUGGGAGAGGUGUAUCAGAUCUGUUAGAAAGGUGCUAACAGCACUGACUAAAGAACAGGUGCUGAAAGAUGAAGGUCUGAGGACACUUUUCUGCGAGGUGGAAAACAUAGUAAAUAACAGACCUAUUACACGAGUUUUUGAUGAUCCCAAAGACAGUCAGCCCCUGACUCCCAAUCAUUUGUUAUUGCUACGUUCUGGUUCACAGUUGCCACCUGCAACACUUGAUCAUGGGGAUAGCUAUUCAACCAAGCGCUGGCGGCAAAUCCAGUAUUUGGCAAACGUUUUCUGGCGUCGUUGGAUAAAGGAGUAUUUGCCAUCACUACAAGAACGACGCAAGUGGUAUCGCAACCAACCUAAUCUGAAAGUUGGAGAUAUAGUUAUUGUUUUCGAUGAAAACACUCCACGAAGUAUUUGGCCAUUAGCACGAGUUAUAGAAGUGUACACCAACAAUAAUGAUGGACUUGUCAGGUCAGUGAAAAUCAAGACUCAAACUGGAACUCUUGUAAGACCAAUAACUAAACUCGUAUCUUUGGAAAUUGCAGUUGGUGAAUAG